AUGAAAACCGACCAGGCGAGCGAGUCACACCAUGAAGUCGUCCUUGAUGAUGCUCUAGAGGAAGAGCCAACAGUUUACAAUGUUACAUGGCGGACGCUCUUGGCAAUCCUCGCGUUAAGUGUUUCUAAUACUUGCGCUGCCAUUUCUAAUACAGUAGAAAGUUUGGGGGAUUCUGCCCUUGCUUCAUGGAUCGCAAAUGCGAACCUUCUGGUCACCUUAGCUUUUGGACCGGUCUUGGGCUCUCUUAGUGACAGAUUUGGCAAAAAAUGGUUCAUCGUCAUGGCGAGUGUGCUCGGAGUGGUAGGCUCAAUAGUUUCAGGGUCAGCGCAACGCACGCCUGUUGUGAUCGUUGGCAACAUUCUUACCGGCAUGGCGAAUGCCGGUUGUAUAAUGGGUAUUCCAGCCGCACAAGAAGUGACACCGAACAAACUUCGACCAUGGGCCACAGGCUUUUCUCAAGCCUUAGCUAGUUGCGCAGUGAUCACCGGAACUUUAGCGGCCGGUGCAUUUGUGAAAUAUGACACAUGGAGAUGGUCAUACUAUCUGAAUGCCUUCGUGUACGGUAUGUCGGCCGCGCUGGUCAGCUGUUUCUACCAUCCACCCCCACCCAGUCUUCGUCGUCAGCAAAGCCGUAUUCGAGACCUGCUGUAUCAGGUGGACUACCUUGGAAUCAUUAUGUUCACAGGUUCAAUUGCCUCCCUAAUUAUCGCUUUGACAUGGGGUGGUACGACUUAUCCUUGGUCAUCUGGUCGCAUCAUCGGAACCUUAAUUGCAGGCUGUAUCGGCUUGGUGGCAUUCGGCCUUUAUGAACGCUUCUCGACCUCGCAGGGUAUCUUUGAUCACCGGUUGUUUCAAUCUCGUAAUUUUCCCUUACUCCUAUUUGUCUGCAUAGUCGACGGAAUGCUUCUCCUAGGUGUCAACGUUCUUUUUGCACAACAGGUUGCAGACAUGUUUACCACAGACCCCAUCGAAAUUGCCACGGUUCUUACACCUUACCUCGCAACAUCGGCGUUUGGUUGCCUGCCAGCCGGUUGGAUCAUGGCUCGCACCAAAUCAUACCGUACCAUGCUAGUUUGUGCUCUUCUCUGGUGCAGUCUUUUUACUGGACUCAUGGCCAUUAUUACUUCUAGUCGAUUAAGCUGGGCUUAUGCCUUUUCCGCUCUGUUCGGAAUUGGUACCGCCGUGACAACCGUCAUUCCGGGUAGGGAUUCUCAUAUGAUUCACAAACCUAGUAUAACCAAGCUGACACGCCUUCUAGUAACUGCACUAGCACUUUCGGUCCCCUCCUUCCUCCUUGGCACGGCAGGAACCAUUAGUGUCGCAUGCCGUGCCUUGGGUGGAGCUGUUGGUAUCACGAUCUUUACCGCGAUUUACAACAACAAAAUUGGUUCCGCACUCGGCCGCGAGGUUGGACAGGCCUUAUCUAAAGUAGGAGAAGCAAGCCUCACUGCGGAUGUGGUGGCUGCUCUACUCAGCUCCAACCCCGAUGCACUGGAUAUGGUGACUGGACUACGCAAGGAAUGGAUGCCCGGGAUCCGUGCGGCGCAAGCGAUAGCUGUGGCAUAUUCCUGGAAGUAUGUCUGGAUUGCGAUCUCCGUGGUCGUGGCUGUCAAUGCUAUCGUGUCUUGCUCCCUACAGUCAGUGGCACACAAUAUGAACAGACAUAUUGAAUCGGCCCUGGAGGAUUCCGAGCUUCGACAGGGUCAAUUUGGUAUGGCCAAGUAA